UUCGAAAGCCCUCAAAACAACUUCCACAGUGCAAAAAGAAAUACAAAAAUAGAUAAGAAACACGAUAAUAGCGAUAACGUUGCUGAUAUGCAAAUGAGGCCAUCUUGAAUUGUUCAAAACAUAGUUUUUUUUAGAGAAUUAUGAGUGACGUAGUGAUCGCAUGGCGGGAUGGGUGUGUGACUUUCAUCACAGCUCACGGAAAAUGCCAUUGGAUCACUGCAUACCUUCCUGAUCGCCAGGUGAUCAUGCAGCGGGGCACGAUCGCGAGCUCUUGGAGACAAACUCGUUUCGCAGCCUCUUGGGAGCAACAACAAGGUUUGUUUUUCUCGUCUUGCGGCUGGUAUUCUUAGACAAAUCUCCUGAUUAAAUAUUCAGAAAAUUUUAGCUGAAAAGCAGAGAGUUGUGCCCGAGAGCCCGCAGUUGUGUCUUGCAAGUGAAUCAAUUCGAAUCUUCUCUAGAAAAGAAAUAGUUCUCAACCAGUGAAUUAGUGCACAAAAAAGGAGUGGAAUAAAGUUAGUGAUUUUGUGAUCUAGCUGAGCAAUGGGAGAGGAUUACAAGUAUCUCACGGGAUUUGGUUCCCAUUUUGCAACGGAAGACCCACGCUGCCCUGAUACCCUGCCCGUUGGACAAAAUUCCCCGCAAAAAUGCCCACAUGGACUGUAUGCGGAACAACUCUCAGGCACUGCCUUUACGGUACCUCGGCUGGAAAAUUCCCGUUCGUGGUUGUAUCGCAUUCGCCCUUCGGUGGUGCACAUGCCCUUCAUCAGGUACCACGGAGCUCCGCAUUUCCACGAUAACUGGUCCGAACAACCCCCAGAUCCAAAUCAGAUGCGCUGGAGUCCAUUUGAUAUCCCUCCCGGUGGUAGUGUGGACUUUGUCGAUGGCCUCCACACUGUCUGUGGUGCUGGAGAUGCGCGUGGGCGUCAUGGGGUAGCUGUUCACAUGUACCUGUGCAACGCUUCAAUGAACAAUCGAGCCUUCUACAACAGUGAUGGGGAUUUCCUUAUUGUCCCGCAGCAAGGAAGUUUGGAUAUUGUUACGGAAUUUGGACGUAUUCACGUUGAACCCAAUGAGAUUGUCGUCAUCCAGCAGGGAAUGCGCUUCUCUGUAGCUGUAUCCGGUCCAACACGUGGCUACAUUCUCGAAGUCUACGACAAUCAUUUCCGACUUCCGGAUUUGGGACCAAUUGGUGCCAAUGGCUUGGCAAACCCACGUGAUUUCAAGACACCCGUUGCAUGGUUUGAAGAUCGUGAAGUGGAAACCUUUAGGAUUAUUUCCAAGUUCCAGGGAGCUCUCUUUGUUGCAACGCAGAAACACAGCCCAUUCGAUGUUGUAGCCUGGCAUGGAAACUAUGCGCCCUACAAGUACAACCUGGCUGAUUUUAUGGUUAUCAAUUCCGUUAGCUUCGAUCAUUGCGAUCCAAGUAUUUUUACUGUUCUAACGUGCCCCAGUCAUAAACCUGGGACUGCCAUUGCGGAUUUUGUCAUCUUCCCACCACGUUGGUCAGUUCAGGAGCACACAUUCAGACCACCCUACUACCAUAGAAACUGCAUGAGUGAGUUCAUGGGACUCAUCUAUGGAUCGUACGAAGCAAAAGAAGGUGCCUUCCGUCCUGGAGGUGCUUCUCUGCACUCAAUGAUGACUCCUCAUGGUCCAGAUAAGAAUUGCUUCGAGGGUGCAUCGAAUGCAAAGCUUGAACCACAGAGAGUUGCCGAUGGGACGCAAUCUUUCAUGUUUGAAUCUUCAUUAAGUAUGGCGGUUACCAAGUGGGGAGCUGAAACGUGCCAGAAACUCGAUGCUAAGUACUAUGAAUGCUGGCAGGCACUUGAGAAGCAUUUUAAGAUCAGCAAUUAAACCGAAAUUAAAUGUCUUUAAAAAUCUGGUGGUGGGUUUUUACAAUUUUAACAUGUAUCUCAUCCAAUUUGUAUUUGUUAAAUGAAAUAAAUUGAUUAAAAUAU